UGGUUGUGCUCCAUUAAAUUGUUAAAAAAGAAGAAGAUUGUGGCUCGUUUCUGUCAAAAUGACUAAUCUAUUAACCUUUAAAAUUGGAGUUAAUUUUGGUGUUUUGUUGUUUUUCUGUGCAGAGUUUGUAUGUUGCAAUAACGGCAGAAGACCAGGUGAAGCUUUGGACGUUGAAUUCAGUGGAUUCUCUUUACCUCUGGAACACUCAUUUGAAGUCGAUGAUGUAGCGGCAUUUCAGGUACGUGGUAUGCUGGUGUUAAAAGCUGGAAGGGAGUCGAGUGUCUCACUGAGUCAGAACCCGCUAUCAGAGGAGGACAGAACCAAACUGAAGGACGUCGCUGCAGUGGACGGUUUAUACAGGAUCAGGGUUCCUCGCGUGUCCCUGCAGGCGGACAGACAGACGGAGCGGCAGGCGGAAGGUUACCUCACAGCAUUUGUCAGAGCUUGUGCCAUGGUUGAGUCCCACCUGAGCGACAUGAUCACCCUCCACACUGACGUUUCUGGCUUCCUGAUCGGCAUCUCCAUCGUGACAUUGCCCGGAGCCUGUAGAGGUACUGAGGUGGAGGAUGAGGUUGAUCUUGAGGUUUUCAACUCCACCAUCAACAUCAUGGCUCCUGUAAAUGCUCCCGGACCUGAGACUGCUCUCUUCCUUGAAAGAAUGGAGCAGGAAUCUGAGAAGAAAGGGAAGAAUCCACAAGAGCAGAAAUCCUUCUUUGCUAAAUAUUGGUAUUUGAUUCUGGAGGGGCAGUCUUCCUCAUGGUCACCAAUUCGGCACAGCCCCAGCAGGGGGAGGCAGGGAGCAGAGCUGAUUCCCACUGAAUGGAUGUACAUCGUGCCUCUCGUUCUCUUCCUGAUGAUGUCCGGCGCUCAGGACCAGUCAGGAGGAGGUGGGCGGAGCGGUCAACGAGGUGGACGAUAAUCACUUUUGCUGGGGGUGGGG